ACCAACCGUCCCACAAUGCAAAGGCCACCGGUGACGCCAUUAGACGGGCGCCAGCUGCGCUGCGAGCGGGGAGCGCCGUGGUCCCCGCCGCCUCCCACCCUGCCGCCUCCGUCGCCGCCGCCUCCGUGGGGCCCUCCGUGUCUGCGCAACGCGGCCCGCGGCUCCCGGAGGAGCAGCCGAGCGCGGGGCCCGGCGCGGGCGCGGGGUGCGGCCAUGGCGGACGGUGUGGGAGCAGGCGCAGCGGGCCAAGCCUCGGGACCGGCAUCGGGCUCGAGUGGGGCGGGGGGCCCAGUCAAUCCCGCUUCGCUGCCUCCCGGAGACCCGCAGCUCAUCGCUCUCAUAGUGGAGCAGCUCAAGAGCCGUGGCCUGUUCGAUAGCUUCCGCCGGGACUGUCUGGCCGACGUAGACACCAAGCCAGCUUACCAGAAUCUGAGGCAGAAAGUGGAUAAUUUUGUGUCAACACAUCUGGACAAACAGGAAUGGAAUCCUACAAUGAACAAGAACCAGUUGCGAAAUGGGCUGAGGCAGAGCGUGGUCCAGUCAGGCAUGUUGGAAGCAGGAGUGGACAGAAUCAUUUCUCAGGUGGUGGACCCCAAACUAAAUCACAUCUUCAGGCCACAGAUAGAGCGAGCAAUCCACGAGUUCCUGGCAGCCCAGAAAAAAGAAGCUAUGCCAGCUCCCCCUCCAGAACCUGAAAGCCAGGAUCCUCCAGCACCAUCCCAAGACACUUCCUAAGAAUAUGCCUGACACCUUUGGAAACUCCAUUUAAUGAAGAAACGAAAUGGAUUCCUGUUUCAUACGGCUAUAACUUGAGUCGACCAUGUCACUACUGAUGUCAAGACUUUGGCCUUGACUGGGGUGGUGUCCACAUUGGAUGGACAGCUCGUGCGUUGUGCCACCUUUGACAGGCGUGUCCCAGGGUCUGACCACAGUAGACAGACACUACAGAGGUUUAAGCACUACAUGACCUGGGCUAUGCUGAACAAACCUCUAUACUUGAACACGGACUGUGCAUGUGGAUGUUAGCGUUUGUGCUCUGCAGUAUGCAGAAGCCAGGCUUUGGCUAGUCGGUCAGGACAGCCAAGGGCAAUGGGAGCAGCUAUUUAUAUUGUUGCUAGAGUUACAGGCUGGAAUGUGCAGCAGUUAGUGUCGUAUCCCUAAGGUUAUUGUGACCUUCCUGUGCUUGGAGAUUUUAGUGAUUUCCGUUGUCUUGUCAGAGGUAGCUUGGAGCCCUGGAGGGAGUGAUGAAUUGAGACUUGGGGACAAGGAAAGCCCCACUGUCCUGGCAUCUCACUAGCUGCAGGGGCGAGUCACUCUGGAUGUGGUGCUCCGUUCUCAUGUUUGUGUUUUUAGAAGAACAAUUGUCAAUAAAUAGCAG